GAAAAAAAAACUUCAAGAAUCAAGACUUGCCGUUCGCCUAUGCCUAUUAAUUUAAUUCAAUUUUAUUGUUGUUUAUGUUUACCAAUACAUAAUAAAGCAUAGCUUGUUAAAUAUUUGAAAGCAUUGAUAUAAAUAUUUUAAUAUGAUGUCGCAAUUAUUAAGACGAUUCAGUAGAAAAUAUAUUUCAUAUUCGUGCCGGCGACAUUAUUUAACCAAUGAAUAUAAGUGUGUUGAGGCAUGGAAUAACCAAAUCAAUUCUCCAUUACUUAGUAAAGUCAAUCUGAACGACUUUUACAAUGCUUUGGAACAGAACUAUUCAUCGAAGGGUGUUAUCAGUGCAAUCGAUGUAGAUGUUUUUGCUAAUGCGAUUCGAGAUCCAAUUUACUUGGAUGAGCUACGAGACCUUCUACACAAGCUUCGCCUUUCAGGUGACACAGGAAAUACUUUAGAGUCCACCCAUCAUGCCACUGCUCGAAAUUUUUUGGAAUUUGGUAAUUUAUCCGAUCUUGUGACUAUUUUAAAAGACCCACUGAAUUUUGGUGUAUUCCUCGAUUUUUAUACAGCAAAUUUAAUCUUAGAUAAACUCCUUACAUCUGAAGAUUACCAACUUGCCGCUAAUGUUGCUCACCUGAUAAUGCUGCAGGAAGAAUUUUCCAAUGAUAUUACUUGUACCCUUUGUCAGUAUGCUUGUUACAAGUUCCUCAAGGAUUAUAAAGAACCCGAAAGUGAUAGCAUAAAUGUGACAGAGACUAAAAAAAGUGAAAAAGUGGAGGAAAUCAAAAUCAGAAUAAAGUUUCUGAGAAAUGAAUAUUAUGAUGAUCAUUUUGACAUAAAAGACGUAAAAAUAUUAUCAGGGAAAACGUUAGCAUGGAUAUCGAAGCAAUACAAGGACAAUGUUAGCAAUAAUCUUCAAUUAUUAGGUUGGCUCUAUUAUGAGAAAUAUGACAAAUUACAAAAUUUAUGUCAAGAGCUUAGUAUUAACAAAUCCUUCAAACUCAACAGCCAGGUAAUUGAUGUUUUAAAAUCAGAAAUCUCAGAAGAUUCAAAAGAGAGUAUUGAAAACUGCCUGUCAAUUCUUAAUCAAAUGGAAUCAAGUACCGAAUCAUUAGAAGAGGCUAUAAAAGUCUCUAUAGAAAAUGCAAUAAACAGAACGCAAAAAAAAGACAUAGAAGCACAAAAACUGCUCUUUGAAAACUGGACUACAAUAAGGGAAGAAAAGCUAGAAGAACAGACUCAACGUCUGAACCGAGCUGAACGAAUAAAACAGAUUGAAGAAAAACAAAAAGAACUUGAAACAGAAGAACAGAAAUUAUGGUUCUUUGAGAAUGAAGAACAAAUUGACCUCCAAAUUGAAGAAAAGACAAAAGUUAACAUUAAUCCAGAGAUUAAGAGUAAAUCUAAGAGUAAAGAUGAUUCAGAUUAUAUUCCUCCUGAAAUAUUGCCAAAGAGGAAAUAAAUUUUAAACAUCAGUUCUUUAUAUACAUAUAAUAAGUGAAACAUUGAACGUAAAAAAUGCAACAUGUUA